GUUUUACAUAAGUCAUAGUCUCCAACAACCAGCAUGGCUGCCGAACAGACUACAAACAAAUCUGCGGAUGAACAGCGACAGACUUCUUCUACCGCAAAUAUGACUUAUAAAUUAACAAGUCACAGAAAAUGGAAGGCUCAGAAGAGGAAACUGAAACGGAAGGAGAAACGAAUACUUGCUGCCAAGGAAAGAGAUGCCUCGGAUCAAAAAGGUCUCGACCCUGUAGAUUCGACAGAUUCUGAGGAAGAGAGGCAGAGAUUGGAAGAGGAGGCGGAGAGUAAACGACAGAACGACUUGUGGUUGGAGAGGGAGAGGCAAGCGAUGCUAGAGUUUCAAGCCAAGAAAGACAGGGAGGAAAGAGAGAGGAAGAAGAAAGAAGAAACAGAGAAAAAGAUUCGUGAAGAAUGGGAGGCGAGGGAAAAGAAGGAGAGGGAGGCUCUGGAGGAGAAGGAGAAGAAAGACAAGGAGAAACGUCUGAAGCAGGAGAAGCUGCUGAGGGAAGCGACGGCCAAUGAAAAUUCAAACACCUGGCAUAACCCUCUAGGACCCGUCCAGUACGCCAAGGAGAGAGAGGUCGAGCAUUGUCCGUUCUUCAAAAAGACAGCCGCCUGCAGAUUUGGAGAUCAGGAGACGGCAGCUCAAGAAGCAUUCCAGAAGUUCAACGCUCGCUGGUACGGGGGUCGUCAGCUCACCUGUGUCUUCGUCAACAUCGAGUCGUGGAAAGCAGCUAUUUGUGGUUUGGCGUUCUCCAAAAAAUGCCCCAAGGGAAAGUCGUGCAACUUCCUGCACGUGUUCCGAAACCCCGGCGGGGAGUUCCACAGGAUGGACGUGGACUGGAAGCCGCCGACCGAUCGCCAGUCGCACCACCACUCGACCCCCGGGGGUCGCGGCUACUCCCAGCGACAGUCGCAGCACUACUACAGGCACGGCUCGAGAGCCAGGUCCCCACAGUCGAGUCGCUCGUCUCAGUCGCGGCGUCGCUCCAGGUCCCGCUCACCCAGCAGGUAUUCCUCGAGGUCCUCGCAUAGGCGAUCGAGAUCAAAGUCAAGGCGAGAUGGGAUGAGAAGUAGGUCAAGAUCGAAAUCGAAGUCAAGGCAGGGAGAGAGGAGGAGGAGUAGGUCAAGGUCGGGAUCAAGGUCAAGGCAGGGUGAGAGGAAGAGGAGUAGGUCAAGGUCGAGAUCCAGAGAGUCUUCUCCCCAGAGAAAUGACAGGCGCGGCAGACGUGGACACAUUUCCCGGUCUGUCUCCAGAUCUCCAGUCAGGAAGUCCCUGUGUCGUCGGUCUAAUUCUCCACCUACUGAGAGGAACGAAUGUUUGUCCUCGGAAAAACGGGAGAGUGCUCGCAGAUCUGCUAGAAAUGACACGUCCGCCCGGAAUGGCAAGAAAAACCACCACGAUAGUGCAUCUAAGAGAAAGAACAAGUCAAAUUCAAAUUCUCCUACUGGAGGUUUGGGAGGGGAUCAUCGUGGAAGCUCGUCCGAGCCAGAGACAGACAGACAAAACUUGCCGCCUCAAAAGAGGACGCGCUCAGAUAGAGAAAAACUGAGUGGCAUGGGGAAAAGGGAACGUUCGUCAGAUUCCGAGUCUGCUUCCUCGGAGGACAACUUUGAAUUUGUGGAAGUUACGAAAGAGACACUGGAGAAAUGUAAAGUCACCAGGUUGAAGAACCAGCUGUGUGUUUAGCUUUGAUAGUUGUGGAAAAAGUUGUCAUGAUGAAGAUACAGUAUAACACGGAGAGCUCGAAUACGCCGGGACUGGCCUCGGUAGUUCCAGGGAUAUCUUACAAAGAUUUUUUUUUUUUUAAACGGGACAGCAGGCACAGUUGGACGGAUGCGUGAUUUCGAGUCUCCUGUGUUGGACCUAUCCGUGUUGUACUGUAUUGUCGUUAGUAGCCUACUAGUCGGGAAAUAAAAACAACGUUACCUGUGAACCAUUGGAAAUUGAAACUCUCACGAGAUAUUUAUAUCGUUGUUGAUUGCCAUGUUUCUUGUCAAAUGUGAAUAAAUUUUGUUUAUUUUAAUUCA